GCACAGAAGGAGUUGGAUUCCCCGCUAACAACUGAGGAACUCACACACACUCUAGCUACGAUGGCAAAAGGCAAGGCCCCCGGGGAAGAUGGGCUUCCGCUAGAAUUCUACAAGGCAUGCUGGAGUACGCUAGCCGAGGACCUGGUGGCAGUCUACAACGAGACCCGAGAAGGGGGGUUGCUGGGAAAGUCUAUAGCCAAGGGCAUCAUUACGCUUAUGUAUAAGAAGGGUGAUAGGAGUGAGAUCAGAAACUGGCGGCCGAUCUCACUCUUAAAUCUCUCUUAUAAAUUGUUGGCGAAGACCCUGGCCAAUAGACUGGCCAAACAUCUCCCAGGGUUGGUGGGGCUGGACCAAGGUGCAUUUGUGAGAGGUAGGUCAAUCGUGGACAACCUGGCGACAGCUAUAGAGGCGCUAGAGGUGAUUGAAGGGAGAAACGAGGAGGUGGUAGUGCUAAUGCUGGACAUGGAGAAAGCCUUCGACAGAGUCAACUGGGCAUUCGUCCUGACUACGCUGAAGGCAUUGAAUUUUGGAGAUGCAUUCUGCAGUUGGGUCGGGGGCUUGUAUUUCUCCUCUUCAGCUGUAGUGCAAGUGAACGGGUACCACUCUGAGGAGUUUGAACUUUCACGUUCAUUACGACAGGGGUGCCCAUUGGCCCCCCUCCUAUUCGUCCUUCAACUUGAAGUCCUGCUGCAUGAUAUCAGGGCACACCCACUGCUGGAGGGCUUGCGUCUCAAGAGCGGCAAGGAGUGCAGGGUGAAAGCUCUAGUAGAUGAUCUGCUAGCCCUGUCUGCAAACACGGAAAACUCACUGGAAGCACUGAAGCAAUGUCUCCACCGAUCAGGAGGCAGAUUGGUGCAUCUUGGCAGAAGAAAUCUCGCAGAUCAAUGGGAACUUUCGACACCACAAGACGUCUGGGUGGCUAUAAUGAUCCAGCCAUUCCUGGCAAAGCGCAUCAAGUCCAAAUUUUGGAGCGAUAUUAUAUAUGCAUGGCAGAAGUGUAAGCCCGAUCGGACAGCCGAGCCAACCACCAGGUCGGAAGUACUCAAGCAGCAUCUCUUUGAGAACCCACUGCUUCUCAACAAGGAUGGAAACUCCUUUAAGGCAAGUUCAGGUGCAGGGGCAUACGGGAUGAAGUGGAUUCAGCGGGGGGUAGCCAGGGUAGAGGACAUUUGGGAAGAGGAUACAGGCCAGUGGAUUAGUAGGGAAAGUCUGAAAGUAAAACUGGGUAGGCUGCCAGAGCAGGAGGGGAGACUUGCGGAUCUGAUACAAGCAAUCCCGGAAGAGUGGAAGGACAUGCUGGGUCCGUGUUUCAUACCAUUAAUUGGAACCUGGUACAAGCGGAGUGACGGAGCAAAGGAAGAGUUUGUGCGGUUAACGGAGUGGAAUGAUGAUGUUCCUGGGAAAUGCUCCCUACAGGUCCACGAGAGAGAAAGAGCAGGAGAUAUUAAUCUCAGAGAAGUAGGGAGCUGCACCAGUUAUGGGGUUUCUGCUCUGGAAGAAAUCAGAGUAACGCAGGUCGCACAGCGGCAGCAAGCGAAACCUACCAAGUGGCAACUGGUGGCAAACGGGGCAGCGUAUGCCGAGAGCAGAGUGGAUAUUUCGAGGUGGGGUUGGGAAGUUGGAUCAGAAGUUAUCUGGGGUUUGGGAAACUGCUCAACUGUUCUGACACAGAGAAUCCGAGCAAAAGAGGCUCAGAAGGGGGAGAAGUUGAGAAGAGAUGGCAAGCGAAACCUACCAAGUGGCAACUUGGACCCGCCGAGCAGCAAAGAUCUGCAGAAGCUCUGGAACCAGCUGACAUUAAUCCCAUCUCAGAAAUUAGCCUCCCUUCUCUGGCUUCAAUCUCACCAGGCUAUCCCGACAGCAAGAUGGUUGAGGAAAAGGGGACUGCUAUUUAAGGAGGCCUGUGACAGAUGCAGUUGGCUCUUUGAAAUGAUGCACCAUCUCUGGUGGGCCUGCCCCAAAUCCAGGAAAUGGUGGGAUUGGUGGUCAGCUCACUGGAUUCAAUGGUCAGGGAGGAAAGACCUGUCAGGUGAAAGUUGGACCAUUUUGGGCAUUUUGCCAGAAGGGGUAAGACCAGACAAAGGCUGGGGAUACGUAGCCCAAAUUGGGAGAGCGGUGCUUCUCUGGGUAAUCUGGGCUGUCAGAAAUGAACUCAGGCUCAAGGGGAAUACCAUGCCGGAAGCCCAGGCAGAGAAACUCUUCAGAAAGCUGUUAAAAAACGAGGCGUUGGCAGACGGGAGGAGGAAGGCGGAGAGAGGCAGGAGGAGGUCUGGCACACAAUGGUUCAAGGAAACAUGGGGCCAAAACCCUGCAGUCCUUCAAGUCUCUGAGGACAACAAGCUGAAGUUCUCACUUUGGUGGGACAGGUAAGGCUAAUGGAAGAGGCAGGAGACGGGAGGAGGAUUGGACCAGGAGUCCGUUCAGGUAGGCCAGUGUUAGUAGUCAGAACCAGGGUACUCGGUUCUAGCUCAGACCGCAGUAGGUCACUCAGGGGAGGAGGGUGGAGAGUGCCAUGGAGACCCGGAACCUCGGUUCCACCGGUCGAAUAGGCCGGCGCCAGGCCGCAUUAGGCCUACGUGUAGUUAGAUGACUAGUUAGGAGCAGUAGGAAUAGGAGGUAGGAGCUUAGUUUGGUGCGUGAAGAAUAUGUGACAGGUAGCAUUGUCCCUGAGUCUAAUUUCAAGGCCGUAUUAGAUGAAUGAAGGACUCGAGCAUCG